AUGUUCAAGUUCCCUGAUAUGCUGUUAUUCCCGUUGGCAGGAGCUGCUAUGCUCUCUGCUGUGAUAAUGACUAUCCUGAAUGGUCUUGCAUACACCACCUUGCCCACUCGUUCUCUGGCACCAGCUGCUGGGCUUGCCCCGGUGGCUUUGAGUGCCAUCAGCUGUGUAGCAUUGAUCAUGCUUACUUUCCUUGUACACAAAGAUGUUGGCCGUGGCGGAAAACUCGCUGGUUGGAAGGCAGCUGUGUUUUACUUCACCGUUGUAUAUCUCCUUGUUGCGGCUGGUUCAACAGCAGGGACUAUGGCGACAAGCCCCGAUCGUACUUCAUUAUCCAUCACUCGUUCUGUGUUCUGGGCAAUGUCUAUUUUUGCCCAAGGUUCUUAUUGUGGGUAUCUCUUGGUGAGAUGCUCCCAAACAUCCACUCAAGAUCCCCAAUGGCCACGUUCCUAUCCGCAAGAACUCAAGACUUUGCCGGAGACACCAAGUUCAAUCGCCCCUCCCGCUGCAGUCUGUGAUCCCUAUCCGGAGCACCGUUUCGACACGCGGCGAGGAUCGCUACGCAAGUUCCCCCGACGAUCCAGUCGAUACUCGGGCGGUACACUUGAUCUGGAUUCAUCCAAGCCGGAAUACCCGACGGAGACCAACUCCAUGAUAUCCUCGCUCUCUGUAUCUCCCACAAAUGAUCACAAACCGGUGCCUUUCCUCGAUCCCGAGCAGGAUACAAGACCCCUGUUGCGUGGCACUGGCAGCAUCCGCAGCAUGCCCAGUCUCCGGCAAGACGGGGUGCGACCCUCUCUGGACAAUCUGAUGCAGCCAGCAUCACCUGUCACUUCGAUAUUCCACACGGGAGUAUCCAAUGAAUCUGUGGAGACGUUGGCUCCGCGAGAGCACAAUAUCCAUCCACUCUUCCGAUCCACCAGCCCGUCCCCGUCCCCGACUCCCACCCCUGGAACGGUAGUCAAAGCAUCGCCAUCGGCAGGACAUACAAUUACACACCAGACGCUGACGCGCAUGCGGUCGGCUCGAUCUCUACGUGAGCAAGGCCGGCAGACCCCGUCGCCGUUACCGGUUCCUCCGGACGUCUCCCACCACGAAAAAAGAUACGACUUGAAUGAAUCACCCUACGAGAAAUAA